AAUCGCGUCGUGUCCUUUCCCCCAAAACCACACAGCUGCAACCAAGCAGACCUGCGCGCCGUGCUCGACGACGGACGCGCCCCCCCCUCGACGCCAGCAGCGACACCGCCGACGGCCAGUAUAGGCGGACACGAUUGAUUGAACAAAGCCAGCGCCCGCACAGCGGCGACCAAGCUGACCAAGAUGCCUCUCAACCUGUUCCGCGUCCUGGGGGACUUCUCCCACCUCGCCUCCAUCCUCAUCCUCCUUCACAAGAUGACGCAGCUCAAUAGCUGCGCCGGCAUCUCGUUCAAGUCGCAAACUCUAUACCUCAUUGUCUACGUCUCGAGAUAUCUCGACCUCUUCAUCACAAAGAGCAUCUACAACGUCAUAUUCAAGAUCCUCUUCAUCUCGGCACAGGGCUACAUCAUCUACCUCAUGACCAACGCCUACAAGCCGACCAACGACCCCAAUGUCGACACCUUCCGGGUCCGGUACCUGCUCGGCGGCGCCGCCGUCAUGGCCAUCGUCUUCCCAUACUACUGGACCAUCCGCGAGAUGCUCUGGGCCUUCAGCAUCUGGCUCGAGUCGGUGGCCAUCCUGCCGCAGCUCUUCAUGCUGCAGCGCACCGGCGAGGCCGAGACCAUCACGACCCACUACCUCUUCGCCCUCGGCGCCUACCGCGCCCUCUACAUCCCCAACUGGAUCUGGCGCUACUUCACCGAGCCCGAGCACAGCGUCGACUACAUCGCCAUCAUCGCCGGCAUCAUCCAGACCGUCCUGUACAGCGACUUCUUUUGGAUAUACUACCAGAAGGUCUGGAAGGGCCAGAAGUUCAAGCUGCCCGUGUAAAGAUGACGGGAUGAUGAGCGUCAAAAUGGGAGAGAGGACGACUGAAGAACCGAAGGGCCGAGAUGCAGGGAAGUGGAUUGGUGUCUCGAUUAUAUUUUCAAGAAGCCUCAGAUGACGCCACGCCACGCCAACCAAGACAGACACCAGCCGUCGGUUUCGAGCGAAUACUUGGAUUCGAGCAUGUUUGUGUGGGAUAUGCGGUCCAAGUAAAGUGGAAAAUGAAAGGGGAGCGAUGCCGUUGAGUAAAGAAAUGUCCGAUUGGCGCUAUUUCUGGUUGGGUCACGCAUUUCACACGGCUUGUUUGCAGAAGCCCCGUGAGGCAGUUUCACAGGGGAGCGCAUUUUCGGCGUUUUGAGAGGGAUGGAGGGAUAUCAUAGCCGGUUUCUUUUCAUUGUUUGUCAUCGAUCCGUCAGCUGAUUACACCGACUUUCUGGGAGAGCAGAGGCGAUGGGGACCUCUUGCUUCUUGUCGUCUCGGAUGGUCAAAAACGGUGUUGUGGUCUAUGGGAUACCUUUUUUGUCCAGGAGCACGCCUGCUUCGUGCUCUGUCACUGUUUCUUUCUCUGUCGACUUUAUUCUUGAACAUACUAAAACUCGAGCCUUAAAAAGCAUGUAUCUGGUUUGAUAUACCAUUUUAUUUCAUCACGCUGUUUCGGUUUGACGUGUUUCCGGCAUGAAGAUUGUUAUGGCGGUCGUUGAGGAUGGG